UGUAAGCAACGUCCCCCGCCCACUUCAUUGUCAGUCGCUGCUUAUGGCCACGUCUCAAAGCUAUUCCUUAUAAACUUUUGGAGGAGCUGAGCAAUGAAAAUGUAUUUCUGAGCCGUGUUUCUACUGGUCCAUACAACACUAGUUACUUUGUUUCCAUUCUACGGACCCAAAAGGACGCGCAAUAAGAUAGAAAGGCAGUCCCACCACAAUGCGUCCCAGACUUGCCCCACCAGCCCUGGUAACUCUGGUACUCCUGCAGCUGAUCACCAUGGUGGUGAUGUUUGGCUGGUACCGCCACCAGUCCCCAACGAGCACCCCCUCGCCUCCAGCGCAGCGCAAGGUCCAUGUGUUACUGCUGUCGUCGUGGCGAUCCGGCUCGUCCUUCCUGGGCCAGGUGUUCAGCCAGCACCCGUCCGUCUUCUACCUAAUGGAGCCGGCGUGGCACGUGUGGAUGACGCUGGGGCGCGGGGCGCGGAGCUUGCGAAUGGGCGUGCGCGACCUGCUGCACCAGGUGCUGCAGUGCGACCUGUCCGUCAUGGAUUCCUACAUGCCGCCGGAGCGCAAUGUGUCGAGGCUGUUCAUGUGGAGCCACAGCCGGGCACUGUGCUCGCCACCAGCGUGCACGCUCACGCCGCGCAACGCUUUCAGCAACCAGACGGAGUGCCAGAAGCACUGCGACAGUCGGGGCCUGGCAAAGGCCGAGGAGGCGUGCCGCAGCUACUCGCAUGUGGUGCUCAAGGAGGUGCGCCUGUUCGAGCUGGAGUCGCUCUACCCGCUGCUGCGCGACCCGUCACUCGACCUGCGCAUCGUGCACCUGGUGCGGGACCCGCGGGCCGUGUGGCGCUCGCGCGACCAGUCGGCCAGCUCGUUCUACCGCGACAACGCGGUGGUGCUGGAGCAAGGUGAUGGCAAGGGGCUCGAGGCGCAGUACCGUGUCAUGCAGGAGGUGUGCCGCAGCCACGUACGCAUGCACGAGACGGCGCUGCUCAAGCCGCCUGACUUCCUGCGCGGUCGCUACAAGAUGGUGCGCUAUGAGGAUCUGGCGCGUGACACGCUCGCACAGGUGGAGGCCAUCUACCGCUUCACGGGCUUGGAAAUGACGCAACAGCUGCAGGACUGGAUCUUCCGCAUCACACAUGGCAAAGGCAAGGGCACCAGAAAGGAGUCUUUCCAGAUCACCUCGCGCAACGCUGAAGACGUGUCGCGUGCCUGGCGGACUACCGUGCCCUACGAGAAGGUGCGGCGCAUCCAAGAGGUCUGCAAAGGCGCCAUGUCCCUGCUGGGCUACCGUACGGUGGACAGCGAGAAGGAGCAGCGGCAGCUGGACCUUGAUGUGCUAUCACCACGGGAACCCUACAAGUUCAGUUGGCUGCCCUCCAAGACCACCAAGCGCUCCAGUAAUGGCUAGCACACCAUGCGCAAGAUGGGUAGCCUCAAGAGCAGAACAGUUACUCAGACACUUUGCUUUGAGCACCAGGAGGCACAGACCACCAUGGUCAUCCCAUAUGAAAAGACUAUACAACCUCAUCAUUGCAACAGUAGAGGCACACUAUAAUGUGUUGGCCCGCUCUUGUAUGUGUUACAUAAUUUAUUUGUUGUGGAGGAAUGACUCGGGUGACAGCUGAAUGAAUGUUUGAAAGUA